UUUUUAAAUGUUUAAGCUAGUCAAACAGAAAAUCGGUAUUUACUUGAACAAUUUAUCCCAUCCCUAUGCCGUCAAUCACAAAAACUUGCGCGGCGCGGUGGUGUUUUGCAUUUUGAUUGUGUUUCUUUCGAAUAUUUUUGUGUUGAGUGGCCAAUAUUAAACAAGAAAUGACAGCAGAGAACGAACGUGAAAUAUACCACAAAUUAGAAGCCAUGAAGGACAUCAGAAACAAGACAAUAACCCUGGAGCGGCUGAAGCGCAGCAUAGUGAACGAGGUGCGGUCCGGGGACCGGGAGAGCCGCUGCCUCGUGCAGUACAAGCGCGAGAUGGAGCUGCUGCAGCAGGAGAAGAUGAGCCACGUGGAGGAGCUGCGCCAGAUACACGCAGAUAUUAAUGCGAUGGAGACAGUGAUAAAGCAGACGGAAGAGAGCAUGUCGCGCAAGCUGACGAACGCGUCCCGGCUGCACGAGGACUACCGGCCGCUGAAGGCCGAGGUGGACCAGCUGCGGCGGCGCUGCCUCGGCCUAGAGCGGCUCCCGGACUUGCACGAGGAGGAGGGCACGCUUAUUACACCCGACCGUUUCCCUCCGCUGGCGGCACCUCCAGUGCGCUCAGUGGCGUCCUUCCUGCCGCCCGCCCCGCGCAAGCCGCCGCCGCCGCCGCCCGCCUUCAGGUCCCUAGACACAGACUACCUAAACGUUAGCCUCAGACAGCAGCCGCCGCCCAUGAAGUCGUGCCUGUCGUGCCACCAGCAGAUCCACCGGAACGCGCCCAUCUGUCCGCUUUGCAAGGCCAAAAGUCGAUCCCGCAACCCCAAGAAACCCAAGAAGAAAUAGUCACCGCACCAACGCAGUCUUUAGGUUUAUUUUCCUAUAAUAUGUUCAAGGCGGGCUAUGAAUGGGUGAAGUAUUCUUGUGUAUCCUGAUGUGAGUGAAACUAAAAAUACUUCUGAUGAGUGGUGUCAGUGGGAGUGUUUUCUGCCCUAUUGAUCGUGUAUUGUUUAAUAAGCCCUCUAGUCUUCCUGGUUAGCUCUGUCAGAUCUGUUAGCCAUAAAGGUGUCAAUUUUGGAUGAAGCAAGCAGUGAACCAGGCCUAUAUCCAACCAUGGCAUACAUAAUUAUUAUUAUGAAGUAUAAUAAUAUUACAAAGGAAAAGCCAAUCAUAAUAACUGUGCCAAAGGCAUUCAAUAGAUGGCAGCACAUGUUUGCAUCCAACGUGUAUCCAACAAAAUUAAGUCCAUUAGGCAAAAAAAACUCUGGCCAAAUGGAGUAUUUUUGGAUAUAUUAUGAUAUCCAUAUACAGUCAUUACAUGAAUCAUUGCACACCUAUAUCGGUGUUAUGAGAUGUACUGGCAUAAACUGCCUCGCUUCCAUAAAGUUAUUGCAAUUUGCAUCUCUUCCAGAUAAGGUUAAAGAUCAGCCAAAUGGGUUUACUUUAUUGAUUAAUCGAUAUAGAUCAGUUUUGUUUAUUAAUUUAAUUACUUUACUAUCUUGCAUAGAUCUAAUAACGAGUGAAUUUAGUACUUUCCUUACUAGAUCUUUACAAGUUAUGUUAGUAUAACUAAUCGUACUUGUACAUAUUACUUAUUAAAACACUUUGAUUUAGUAAAUACCAUAAUGUCUUUUAUAGUAUUUAGUAAACUAAAAUGGUUAGUAGGUUUAAGAAAGAACUCGAGAGCCAUAGUUACCUUUAAUUUAUAUUAUAAUAAAUGAUAACUAAUUUUACAGUAUUGUGUAAUGUGUGCCAAAAUGCAGAUGCCAAGUAAAUUCAGAUUAAAGGAUUGGGCUAGUAGCUAGGUAUUUCGAUCUUGAUACUGAAUGCAUAUCGAAGGACUAAUAUUAGCGUUAUAGUGUUAUAAAUAAGUUUAGAAAAUAGCUAAAAUGUAAAUAAGCUAAACCAUAAGUUGUGAAUAGUUUGUUUUUACAAUAUAAUACUUGAUGGAUGUGAA